ACCUACUAAUAAAUGUAUAAUAAAAUUGGUUGCGUUCAGUCACGGACGUGUAUACUUGAAGAAAUGGAACCGUUCAUAGGCAAAAGAUAUAAAUUAAAAUCAUCAGAUAACUUCGAGGACUAUUUGAAGUUUAUUGGCGUCGGCCUUUUAUCCAGGAAGCUGGUGAUGUCUGUAUCACCAGUUACUGAACUAACGAAGAAUGAAGAUGGAUCCUACACUCUGACACACACAACUUCGAUAAGAAAAGUCACGACUACCUUCAGAUUAAACGAAGAGUAUGAAGAAGACAGACCUGAUGGUGUUAAGGUCAAAUCAGAAAUGACAAUAGAAGGGAACAAAUUAAUACAAAUCCAAAGCGAUCCAAGUGGAAAGAAAUCGAAACAUAUAAGAGAAUUCACUGACAGUACCUUAACUGUGAUUACGACCGCCGACGGAUGGGACGGAACUUGUAUAAGAGUUUAUGAAGCAGUAAACUAAUAAUGAUGUAUUAAGUAUAAAUAUUUAUAGACCAAAAGUCGUCUCUCUCAAGAAUACGUUCAAAAAUUUAGAAAAUUUUCUAUACAAAACUUAUAUAAGGUCCCUUUAUCUAUGUAUUAAAUUUUACCUUUCUGAAAACGAGUUCCAUGCUAAUGAAGUUAACAAAAUUAAGAAUAACAAAGGCGAAACCAGAAAUCUUCGUGUUAUUGGCCAGAAUAACUUAACCGAAUAUAACAAAACAGUAUAAGAAAUGAGAAUGUGUGCAAUAUUUUUUUAAUGUGUAAAAAAGGGGACAAUAGUUAAUCUUAAUAUUUUACACUUAGAUAAUUACAUACUAUAAAGCUGAA